AUGUCACUCAACUCGCCGAUGCAUUCCACGACGUGUUCAAAGUCAAUCGUACACGUAAACGUUGAAGGCUUACAGCUCCCCGUUCUCCAGCCAUCAGGUAACUCCGGUAUUAGCAUCUGGUUCCCUCCUCGUCAAGGUUUCUGGUACAGGAGAGUCUCUGGCGCUUUCGCCCUCCUCUGUCUCGAUGAUAUCGUUCUCAAUGGCUUGAAAAGAUCCGAUGCUCUCAAACUUCAGGGUUUAGAUUCUACCGAAUUGACCCACCCAAGCAACAUCAUCCUCGACAAGAAUCAAGUUGACUCAAACGAUGCUCUUCACGCUGCUCAAAGAGAGUGGGACAGACGUAACUUUCUUGGCCUGAAGAUCCUCUUCAACACGGUUAGCGACAGAAUUACAAUCGCCAACGAAUUAGAAAUCAUCUCUCAAAGAAGCGCUCAUAAUCUUUGGGCUGCUAUUGUCAACUCUGGUUUGUUUGACAGAUACUAA